AUGGCUACGGCUCCUCCCACAGACGCCGCCGCCGAUAGCCCGUCCGCAUCUCCCCGGCACCCAGCUCCCGCUCAGGACCAACGCGAGGAUCUCCAACCCCCCAUGACCAACGACCAGCCCAGCAGCGACGACCGACACUCACAAGAAGAGGAGGAAGAGAACAGGACACAGCACCGCGGCGACCGAGACGAUCGGAAACCCGGUGCCAGCGACGAGGGUUCGGAAGAAGGAGAAGCGGACGAGUCCGCACCACCACUCCCGGACGAAGUCCCUCCGCCGCUGCCCGACGAGGCACCUCCCGGCGAGGAUGACGGCUGGGAACCCGUUUGGGAUCCGAACGCCCAGGCGUACUACUUCUACAAUCGCUUCACGGGGGUCUCGCAGUGGGAGAAUCCGCGCGUGCCGGACGCGCCGGUGGCGGAGGGUAGUGCUCGCGGGGUAGAGGCGGAGGCUGCGGACACGUCGGCAGAGAAAGCUCCGGCAGUGGUUGCUGGUGGAUACAACCCGGCCAUCCAUGGCGACUACGAUCCGACUGCACCGUACGCCCAGCAGUACGAGCAGCCAGGCGAGGCGGGCGGGCCUCCUCCCGGAAUGGACCCGACUGCGGCAUACGCAGCAGUAGGUGCAUUCAACCGAUUUACAGGGAAAUGGCAGACAGGCAACCAGAACCCCGAGUAUCACGACGAUGCGCACAAGUCAUACCGGCAGAUGAAUGCGUUCUUCGAUGUGGAUGCCGCGGCCAACAGCCACGACGGCCGGAGUCUGCGGGCGGAGCGCAGUGCCAAGAAACUCAGUCGCAAGGAGGUCAAGAUGUUCAAGGAGAAGCGGCGAGAGAAGAAGGAGGAGAAACGGCGAGCUUGGUUGCGGGACUGA